UUAAAAUAGUUAAGACGUUCAAUACUCGUCAGUAGAAACUGUUCAUAAAUAAUCUAGCUGUGACAAAAAAUCUAUUUUGCAAUGAGGAUAUGGCAGAUGUCGUUAGUAAGAGGGUUGUUUCUAAUUACAGGCAUUGGAUUUGUUUGUCUUAUUGUUCCAAUUAAAGCCUCAAGUAUUGACUCUUCAAAGAUUGCUACGAACCAAUGUACAACGCACGAGUGUAGUAUGAAACGUAUAAAAUGGGCUGCAGAAAUUACUAAACAUCGUGAUAUGAAUAUUAAUCCCUGUGAAAAUUUUCACCGAUUUGUCUGUGGUAACUACGAAAAAAUUGAUCGCCCAAAUGACGAAUUUGAGGAUGAUAUUAUGAAAAAACUUCAUGCAGACAAUUUGAUUGGAGAUGAAAGCUUAGCAAGUGAAUUCAAACCCUACAAACUUGUUCAAGAUUUGCACAAAACAUGCAUGGAUCAAAAUGCCGUUGGACAACAGACCCUGGAUCUAAUGAAAAAUAUUAUGAAAAGUCUGGGAAAUUGGCCUGUUUUGGAGGCUGACAAAUGGAACGAAUCUGGUUUUAAUUGGAUUGAUUUUACGGGCGAAGCUAAAAAAUUUGGUUACAAUUUGAAUUAUUUCUUGGACUGGCAGCCAGAAUCUAAAUCCGUUGGUCCAAAUAAAACCCUGAUAUAUCUCCUCGAAAUAGCUCCAGUUCACGUUGACGUUUCCACUGACGAACUACCAGCCUACAAAAAAUAUAUGAAAGAAGUGGCACAACUUCUUGGCGCGAGCAGUGAUUCUGUCCAGGAAUUGGAUCAAGUCAUUGAUUUUGAAGUAAAACUUAAAGAAAUAGCUGAGAAAGUAAAUCCAGAUGAAACUAAAGAGUUGAGUGUCGAAAAGCUACAAGACUUAGAGCCGAGUAUAAAUUGGGAACAAUUUAUAUCGAAAACUCUGAUGCCUUUCGUGGAUGCCGAUGAAAAGCCAGUUCUGUCGGUUUGGAAUCCGACCGCCCUAACGGAACUUUUAAGCCUCAUGGAAAAGACUCCGAAACGCGUGCAAGCCAACUACGCGAUGUGGAGAAUAGUCCAAUACUCGAUUCCCUAUUUGACUGCCGAGUUUCGGGAUAAAUAUCUCCGGUUCCUGGAAUUAACAGGCGCCGUUGAUGUUCCACGACAAGUGAUUUGUGACGAAAUGGUUAAAACGUACUUCGAAAACGCCAUCACUAAUUACUACUUGGACCAGUUCAAGGACAGCCAGGAGGCUGUUAGAAAUGUCGUCUUUUAUAUUAAAAGUGCGAUGGUCAACAUGAUCAGACGAUCCAAGACACUGAAUGAUGAUGAAAAAGACGAAGGCGUCAGAGAAAUUUUCGGGAUGCCCGUCACUAUCGGUCCGUCAGAAACGCUGUCUGUUCCUGAAGAAUUGAAUAAAUUCUAUGCAGAUGAUUACGUUGUGAUGAACAAUUUCCUGCAAACGAUUUUGAAUAUGAAUAUAUUCACGAUGGUGAAGCGAUUUAGUAAUAAAAUAUACACGGAAAUGUUUCAGUAUGAUGCGAACCAACAUGGAGAUCAAGGAAUGCCAGAAAAUUAUGCUAAUCAUUUAUACAUACCCGCGAAAAUGCUGGCGAGCCCAUUGUUCGACAAUAAGCGACCGAUGUACAUGAACUUCGGGGCAAGUGGUUCGAACAUGGCCUCCGAAAUGUACCAGACAGUAGCACACAUUGGUAGAAAGUGGGCUGAGGAUGGCACAGAAUUACCCAAUGAACAAGUCGAAUGCUUUAGUCAUUUAAUGGACAAUGUAACAGACCCCCUCAUCAGAGAUUCGAGAAUUGGUCGUCUUGCAGAAAGCAUAAUUGCCCAAUACAUCGGACUUCGUGUUUCUUACGCCGCGUACAAGGAUUUCGCAGAUCAAUCCGGUCUAGAAAUGAAUUUGCCCGAAUUGUCUUACACUUCUGGACAAUUAUUCUGGAUUUCAUACAUGGAAUCUCUUUGUUCCGCGAAUGAUGAUCAAGACCAACCACAGACUGCUGAUAGUAACAAUUUUACAUUUCUUGAAAAUUUGAUAAUGAAAAUUCUUUCAAAUGUACCAGAAAUUUCGGCUGAUUUCCAGUGUCCCGUUGGGUCAAACAUCAACCCUGAAGAUAAAUGUACCUGGUGGUAAAUUAUAUUCUUUACGAGCAAAAGUUUACUAUUGUUGAAUAUUUUCUUGUACGAUCAAAAAAAUAAUGAAAUACAUUUCUGUUCAUUACACUGUAACACAACCUGAUUACACAGAAGAAAAAAUUUCAGAGGGCUAGGAAAUUUACCUUCUUUUUAAAUAAUCCUUUCAUAUAAAUUGUGGCGCUGUGAUGCCUAUGUUGACAUCGGGACAGCACUGUAGUCAAUGUAAGGAAUUUUUUUAUGUAAUAUAGGGAGGGUGGGGCAGAGCGGCCUCCCUGAAAUUUUGAUCAAAAAAAAAAAAUUUUUUGUUUUUCGACUAAUUACUAUAAAUCCGAUAUGUUUGCGCAUUUUUACCCCUACGCAUGACAUUUAGGGCAAAAUGGACAAGCCCAAAAUUUUGAAAAAGUGAUUUUUUCAUAUUUCUAUCGUCUAAUUAAAAAUAAAUUAUUAUAAUUACACAUUUCUAGCCCUACGCAUAACACCUGGGGCAAAAUGGACCAGCCGAAACUUCCGCCAAAUUAUUUUUUCAUAUUUUUCGGCCGUUUCUCUGUGUAAGAGGUAAAUUUGGUCACUAAAAAUUAAUAAAAAUUAAAUUUUUUGUUUAGUUGAUAAGUUUUUGAAAUAAAGUAAAACUAUAGAAUUGA